AUGCUCCAAGACAUCAGGGAGUACACCCGACUGGGAGUUGGCCUCCUACUAGUAAGAAUGAUGACCGAAAGAAAGUAGGAAACCUGUUUUGCAGACAAUGAAAGCCAAUGCUGAACGUGUUCCCCGCAUCUGUGCCAGACACAUCCACCGCUUUCUCGUUUGGUUCACCGAGUAAGAGAACAGUCGCAGAAGCGCGUUCUAGUGAGAAUUCAUUGCAGUGACUUUGAUUAUGGAUACAUUUUGUUUGACGCAUGGGUUCUCUGGUUCGUAUACCUCCUUUGCGGCAUCAUCCAGACUUACACCGACCUCUUCGGCUACUUUUUUCUCCUCCUUUGGCGUAAGUUUUCUUAGUCGUCUUCUCUCUAAUCACUGUAUUCGAUUCCAGUGCUCAUCGACGCGUGCGUAUAUCUUAUACUCUUUUCGUGGUGGUUCUGUCUCACUUAUUGGGUUCCAUUCGCAGUGAUCUUUGUGGUUGGAAUGGGUACGUUUUUGUUUUUCCGCUGCUAGAUGUAAUAAGAUAAUUGCUAUCACAAAUCACCUCUCACGGGUUUCUCGCUGGAGGGAAUCAGGGCACAUACCUUAGUAAUCCAACAGAUAAUAAUGGAGUUUAUUCCUAGGAAAUGCUCAUAUCAAAUUCAAAAAAAGGCGCGAAAUACAAGAUAUGAUGUGGUCGUACGUGGACGAAGAAGAGGACAUGCCGGUGAAUGUGUGCGAUAUCCGGCCACAGCCAUCCAACUGCAGAGGAUGGGGGACGAAAGACGAGGACAUCGAGCCGGUGGAUAACUUUGUGGCACCGACGAAAUGCAUCAAGAUAAGUGGAAUGGUCGGAAUGAUACCCGGGAUGCAGAUGCAGGACAACAUAUGCCGGAUGAAUCAGGCGCUGAAGGACAAACUGGCCCCCGGAGCCGUGAACGGACCAUAUCCGUGGCUGAAAGUGACUGUGGACACCCGUGUCGCACUGGUUUAUGUCAAGUUCAAGACGAUUGAGGAUGCUACGCACUGUUUCAACAUUCUCGACGGAUUGAGCUUUGACGGCAAGUCUUUCGCUUUUUCUCCACACUCUCUUUUCCUGAAAAAUGUCCCUCCGGAGGUCAGAGACACAUGUUAUCCUCAAGUUUUCCGUCGAAUUCCAUCACUCUUGCAACCUGAUAACCUCAAUCAUCACUUUUCUGAUCCGCAAUGUUUCACUGGUCGAAGGGAUCCCUAG